AUGGAGGUAUAUAUGGUUGUACGCCGUAAGAAAACAACCAUUCACCUGAGUGCUAAGGAAACGAGUCUCGUUCUCGAGGUGAAGAAAAUGAUUGAAGGGAUUCUCAAAGUAAAGCCCGAAGAUCAAAUGCUUUUAAAGCAUCAGACCGAAAUGGAUGAUGAAAAAACACUGAGUUACUAUAAUCUAAAUAGCCAAACAGCAAGGGCUCAUACACCGGCAACACUUGGGCUAUGCCUACGUGAUCCAGCCACUGAAAAGUUCGAGACACUGGACAUUACACCAUAUUCAAAUCCUCCAGAAUUACCAGAAGUUAUGCGUUCUCAGGAAAACUUACCACCACAAAGUGCUCCAGAACUUGUAGGCCAAGCGAAACCAUAG